AUGGCGGAAAUUCAAUACGGCUACAAUUUAUGGAAAUGUGCAAUUAAUAAGGUAUUAAAUGUAUUUCAAGUACCUUCUUUGUAUAAAGAACAGGAAGAGGCCCUUGCUCAAUUAUUUUCGAAGCGAGAUGUUUUUAUUAAUCUCCCUACAUCGUAUGGAAAAUCGCUUAUAUUCCAAGCUGCACCAAUAAUGGCUGAUAUUCUCUUUCGAAGAAGCACGGGAACCAGUAUAGUAGUGGUUAUUUCUCCACUGAAAGCCCUCAUGGAAGAUCAAGUUAGACAUUUAAACAAACUAGGUUUAUCGGCCGUCUGUGUAUCAGACCAACACGACGAUCGACUUGUUCAAGGUAUCAUCAAUGGUCAGUACACACACGUAUAUGGAUCACCUGAAUGCUUUCUCAAAUCAACUUGGAGAGGAAUAUUUGGGAGCAAGAAAUUUCGAGAAUCAUUGGUGUGUAUUGCCGUGGAUGAAGCUCAUUGUAUUAGUCAAUGGUAAGAUAACUGAUGUUAAUUUAUUACCUACCUACAUACAUAUUUUCAAGUAAUCCAAAGUAUCAUUAAUCUAUAAACAACUAAACAAGCCAACAAGGUACCAUGAUACAAGUAAACACAGGUUGCACCUUUAACUAUCUGAUAGCGGACUCCUUGACUAUAUAAUAAAAUAUAGGCAAAAGACAAAGUAUGGAUAGCCAAGGUCAUUAUGUGUUUCUGUUUUGUCUUGUUUCAAAGGGGUUUGCCUGGUGCUAGACGAAGUGAACUUCCAUUCAGAAGUUGGUAUGGGAACCUUGGAGAAUUGCGAUCACUUUCCCCAGAUGAUGUAAACAUGCUUGUGGUAACAGCGUCAGCCACCAAAGAGACCAGGGCUGUUAUCUAUGAAAGUUUGAAGUUAAGCAAUACUACUGCAGUGGUGUCAAAAUCACCUGAUAGGUCAAAUCUACAGUAUACAUUGCAGUAUAUGGAUAAAAAUAUUCCACUUGAUUUGUUAUUCACCGAGGUAAUCAAGGAUGUGAAAAGUAAUGGUAUAAGGGCAGUAAGGACAAUUGUUUACUGUCAAACUCGGAAGCAAUGUGCAGUCUUGUACCGAGUAUUCGAAACUGGUUUGGGUAAUUUACUUUAUCAGGAUGCUGUGCAUAACUGUAAACGUCGUUUAGUAGAUAUGUACCAUGCUGGAACACCUGAACCAGUAAAAAGGCACAUUUCAAAAGAUAUGUCCAAAGGAGAUGGUCAUAUUAGAAUACUUAUCUCAACCAUUGCAUUCGGAAUGGGUGUAGAUUGUAAGCAGGUUAGCAGAAUUAUUCACUUUGGGCCAUCUAAGAAUAUUGAAUGUUAUAUCCAGGAAAGUGGGCGUGCAGGAAGGGAUGGGUGCCAAAGUAAGUGUAUAUUAUUGUUUAAUGGCCUGCUUUCUACACAUUGUACACAAGACAUGAAGGAGUUUCUUCGUAGUGACAAGACAUGCAGAAGAGAAUUGCUCAUGAAAGCAUUUGGAUACCAGCAUGUUGCAUCAAAUAGACACAGUUGUUGUGACAAUUGUGCAAUCGCAUGUGAAUGUGGUGAAGAUGAUUGUAAGUCAAACAUUGGACUAAAUAUUCCAGACUCAAAGACUAUGACCUCAGAUGAAAACACUGGAAAAACAAGACCUGUCAGUCAUGAGCAGAAAAAUCUUUUAAAAGCCAAGUUGAAAGAUUUUAGGAAUCGUCUAAUAAAAGAACAAACACAACAAUUGAGUAACACAGUGUCAUUACCAACUGUUCUACUUGAAUUUGGGAAUACACAAAUCGUUAGUGUUAUUGAAAACAGUAACAAAAUAUUUACUAUUUGUGAUGUUAAGAAGUAUGUUGAAGUGUGGCGUGAACAACAUGCAUGUGGAGUAUUAAAAGUUCUUGAUGAGGUGUUUGGUGACAUUGGUAAUAUUCCAGAUUUGUCUGACUCAAUGUGUGAAGAACUAUUUGGCACUAUGGAUUGGGAUGAAAUUCAUGAUGACUCAAGUUUGUUUUCAAUGAUGGAUUCACAGGAUGAAGACAUGGAUGAUGGCACCCAAGAUGAAACUGGAGAAGGGUCAUUAAAUAAGAGCAGUUUUUUCUGUAAUGUGAACCUUUAAUUGAACUACUGUACUGUACUCAGCAAGAACAUUUUCAUGAAGGUAACUAUUACUAACUUUGCUAUAUAACACAGUACAGUAAUACUACAUACUUGACAAGUGCACUUAGGCUUUCCCAAUAAUAUUUACAAUAAUCUUUUUUUCAUUCCCAAUGGACAAGGUUUUUAAAGUGCCUAUAUUAUGGUUUUGGUUUUAGGGUAUUUUAAGACACUUUGCAAUAUAUUUUGUUUUUGAAAAAUUUCAUCUUCAUGGAUUUAUUAGCUCUUAAAGUUACCGGACAUGACGUCAAAAGGAGAAGUUUGUUGCAAUAAUACAAAGGAAAACUGAUUUGCAAUUCUCCUUUUGACGUCAUGUCCGGUAACUUUAAUAGCUAAUAAAUGCAUCAAGAUGAAAUUUUGAAUAACAAAAUAUAUUGCAAAGUGUCUUAAAAUACCCUAAACUUUCGAGAUAUGCAAACUCCAAAACCAUGAUAUAGGCACUUUAAUAAUUCUUACUCUAGCUUGCAAUUUUGUGAAACUUUGAAAACAUGUGUGAAACUAACUAACAAGGGAGUAAACAUUAAUUUUACUUGGCCCUAUGUAAUUAC